AUGGCUCAAAAACGGCAAGACAUUCAAGGGAUACGUGGCUGGGCGAUUGCUUUGGUUGUCACAUUUCAUUUCUUUCCUGCUUAUUGCCCGAAUGGAUAUGUUGGAGUAGAUAUGUUCUUUGUCGUAUCUGGCUUUCUUAUGGCUAUGAUCAUAACAAGAACGGAGAUGGCAGCUUCGUUUUGUCAGAACUUCUAUUACAGAAGAAUCAAGCUAAUCUUACCGCUGUAUUAUAUGACGUCCGCGGCGAUAUUAUUGCUUGUAGUAUCAAGACUGCCUUCAUUCCGACUCAUAAAUUUCCCUAGUUUACGCAGAGCUAUAUUUCUCAUUACAAACUUCAGGCUGUAUGAGAACGAUCCUGCCAUGGAUCACGAAAAAAUGCUGUCAAAUGCGGACGAUCUCUUUACUCAUACUUGGUCAUUAUGUGUCGAGAUGCAAUGGUAUUUGUUGGCUCCACUUCUCUUCUUCGUGCAAACUUUGUUACCUUUACGGAGGGUGCUUUUCUUUUUGGGGAUCACAUGUAUUUCUCUCGGUUUCUAUCUCACUACUGACAGCAACACUGCUUUCUACAACACAUUUGCUAGGAUGUGGCAAUUUUGUGUUGGCAUUAUCGCCUUUUUGAGUGGUGAAAAUCUCGAAAGAGAAGCGAGUCUAGUGAUCAAGGAUGACUACAGUUCAAAGACGGAAGCUUUGAUGCGUCAACUCAAUGCUGCGGAAGCUGAAGAUGCACAACAUAUGUGGCAUAAGGAAUGCAAAUACAGCAGGAGGUUUGCAAACAUAACACCUCCAACUGGAUUUUGUGAAAUUAAGAAUGGAAAUGGCAGAAUAGACAUGCUAAUCGCUGGAAAUAGCUUUGCCUGUAACCAAGGCGAUGUCAUUUACAAGGCAUUUAAACGGUAUGCAAGGCAGUUCAACAUAUUUUGUAUAUCAAGAUGUGAAAUGUUUUAUCCCAAUUGUCGAUUUUCCUUCAACUUUACUCAGGUAGUGAAAGAACUGAAACCUGAAGUCGUAUUCAUGAUAGAUAGAGCUAUCACCAUGAAAGCUCCGCUCAAUGUGUCAAAACCAAUCGAUGAUGACAGAGUCUUCGGUCUUUUCAUGAAAACACUGAAACUCCUCGAAAAAACAACUAGAAAGGUCUACAUCUUACAAGCAUUACCAAGCUGUAAACUUGGCUGCGCUAAUAGAGCUGUGAAUUACUUACAAAAAGAAAGACCUCUGAACACAAUCAAAGAUGGCCUCAUAGAGAAGGAUGAGUUUUUCUUUUUCGCUCGUCAUCGGAUAUGGGAAAUUGGAAAAAGAUGCAAAAACUGUGAGAUAGUGGACUACAUGCCAGUGCUUGUUGAUAAGAAAGGUCGCUACCUUGGUUACAACCCUGAAACAAACCUCAUGUAUCUCAAUUGUAACAAUCAUUUCAAUACAUUUGGAAAACAACGCAUUCAGAUUGUUUUUGACGAGUUAGCACAGACGGAUAAAGAUUUGUAUGUGUUGUCACAUAUUAGUAAGGGUUAG